AGCAACAUCCGACAUAAUUGUUAAUUCAUAGUUAAUAAUUACUAUUGAUUACUCCUGUAAGACCUGUAUUCCUUCAAUUAUUCUUAAAAAGGUGAACAUUAGCGUGUUUGUGCGGCACAAACAGAAAAUUUAAUUGGAAAACACAAAAUUACGAUCUUAGAAGUGCAGAAAAUUUUUUAAGAAGCAAAAUCUUUGGUGAAAAAGAAAAAAAAAGAGAAAAGCAAAAAUGAAAAUCAGUGUGUUAAAUCUUCAACUCCUUAAACCAGAUGAUAAUUAAUUUUAUUUAAAAAAAAAAAUAAGAAAAGAAAAACGCAAACAAAGUUUGUAACCCUGUGAACCCCACAUAAGAGUGAAAAAUUUCAAUUUAAAAGCGUGUAAAUGAUUUUAACAAUUUUUCUUUAAUUUAUUCGUGUUUUUUAUUUUGUUAUAUUUAUUUUUUUUAACUCUACUUCGGGUUGUAUACGUUCGCAAAUAUGAAAUAUGUGAAAUAAUUAAAAAAUUAUAAAAAAAAAAACGAGAUCGUAAAUUACUCAAAUUAUAAUUGAAUAUUUUUAAUUUAUUUUUUUUUUCACUUUUCAAUAUUCAUUUUUCAAAAAAAUAAUAAAAAAUAAACAAACAAUAAAUGUAAUUGAAAUUAAUUAAUAAAUAUUAAUAAAAAAUUAAAAUUAAAUUUAAAAUUUAUUAUAGAAAAUAAUUAAAAAAAAAAAAUAUUUUUUUUUUUAAAAAUCAAUCAAAAUUAAAACCAAAAAAAGAAAAUUAGUUUGCAUGACAGAUUACUCGCAACCAGAUUUAGAAUCCGAUUUUUUGCCUUAUAAAAACGUCAAACUGGCGGCUACCGUAGCAAUGAAUACAUCCUAUCAUCCGUAUUCGGAUAUAUCACCAACACAUCCGCCUAGUCCAGAUAAUAAUAAUUAUCCGCCAUUAUCAGCGGGUGGUUAUCAUAAUGGACAUAUUGGUGUACAUACACCACAAAUGACACAAAUGCCAGAUGAUGUAUCACCAGAAUAUCAUCAUCAAAAUCAUCAUAGUAAUCAUCAUCAUCCACAUCAUCAAUUGAAUAAUAAUAAUAAUAGUCCAAUUAAACAUUGUGCAGGCUGUGGUGAGAAAAUAUCGGAUCGGUUUUUAUUGCACGCCUUAGAUAGAUAUUGGCACAAUUCGUGUCUUAAAUGUAAUUGUUGUGGUGCAAUGUUAGCUGAUAUGGGAACCAGUUGUUAUACUAGACGUGGACUUAUAUUGUGCAAAAAGGAUUAUUCAAGUAUGUUUGGAUGCUCUGGCACAUGUUCAGGUUGUGGUCAAACAAUUCCUCCAAAUGAAUUGGUGGCCAAAGCGGUGUCACCAUUAAAUCAACAAACAACGAAUCUAGAUAACCAAAAAAGUAGUCAAAGCAAUUUAUUAGUAUUUCAUUUGAAAUGCUUUUUGUGUACGAAAUGUGGAGCACAUCUAAGACCUGGUGAUAGAUAUACAAUGCUAGCUGGUAGUCUUGUAUGUGAACAAGAUUGGCAUAAAAUAAUUAAAAAUAAUCCUGGUAAUGGUGGUGCUGUAGGCGGUGGCCCUGGUGGUGCAAGUGGUAGUACAACAACAACAAAUGGAACAACUGCAGCUGUUAGAAAAGGGAAAGUAGGACGGCCUAGACGUACAAAAGAGUGAAUGUUAUUAUUAUUAUCAUUAUUAUUAUUAUUCUUAUUAUUAUUAUUAAUAGUUGAUAGAAUACUUACAAAAAAAAAAGAAAGAGAAAACAAAAAAAUAAAUUUAUUAAUAUAAAUAUUUCAAAUUAAAAAUCACACACACACAUACACACAUUUAAAGUAAAUAAUAAUUAUAAAAAUAAAAAAUUGAAAAAAUGAAAUACAUAAAAUGAAAACAACGACAAAAUAAAUGAAUAAAAAAUAAUUUUAAUACGCAACACAUUAAAAAAAAAAAAAAAUUAAAUAUGAAAAAAAAAAAGUGAAUUAAAUUAUAAUGGUCAGGAAAUCUGUGAUGUUGUUUGUCCUGAGCCUCCUAUUUAAUAUUUAUAUAUGUAUGUAUGUAAUAAUAUUAAUAUAAUAAAUACAAAGAUUAUUCUAUACAAUUAUUAUAUACACAUAAAAUAUGAUUGCAUAUUAAUAAAAGAAAAUAGAACAAAUAAAAUUUUUUCCAAAACAAAAGAAAAGUAAAAAAAAUAAAAACCAAACACAAAAAAAAACACACACACUCUCAUAUUUUUAAUU